GCCACGGCACCAUGAUGUCUCACCACAUCUUUAAACACACGUACAUACCCAGGCACUCUCAUGUCCAAUUACCCAAACCAAACCACCACACUCCCUCCAUCCUUCCAUCAAUCUCAGCCCCAGCUCCAGCCUUACCACCGGCAACCCAGCGGAGCCCCCGCCCGAGACCCGGAGACGCACCUCAGUUUACAGCGCGGAGGCACAGCGCGAGUCAGUCAGCCGUCAUUCCGCCCACCCGUCCGCCCUGCCGCCCGCGCACCUGUCUCCAGUAACAGUCGUAUGUCAUUGUGAGAACAGGCUGUGGAGACCACUCACACAGCGUCGCCGGAUACUUGCUACCCAGGCAGCGUGUGCGUCUGC